GCUCAGUCGCGUCGGUGGCAUGCUUCAUGGAGUUAUGUACCUUUCCUUGUCCACUCAACUGCCGUCAUGGGUUGCACGCGCUUCCUAACCCUCCUGCUCCUUCUCUUCAUGCUCGUUUCCUGCGCCGAAUUUAUCGUUUAUCCGUCCAAUGAAGUUAACCUGUUGGAUUCCAAAGCAAGCCAAGGGGAGUUGGGAUGGAUAUCAUAUCCAUCACAUGGGUGGGAAGAAAUCAGUGGUGUGGAUGAGCACUACACACCAAUUCGGACCUUCCAGGUAUGCAAUGUGAUGGAGUACAGCCAAAACAACUGGUUGAGAACCAACUGGAUCCCUCGCAGUUCUGCUCAGAAGAUCUAUGUGGAGCUCAAGUUUACUUUGAGAGACUGUAACAGCAUCCCACUGGUGCUUGGAACCUGCAAAGAAACCUUUAACUUGCACUACCUGGAGACAGACGAAGACCAGGGCAGUAAGUUCCGUGAGCACCAGUUCUCAAAAAUAGACACCAUUGCGGCCGAUGAGAGCUUUACUCAGAUGGACCUUGGGGAUCGCAUUCUUAAACUUAACACAGAAGUGCGAGAAGUAGGUCCAGUCACUAAGAAAGGCUUUUACCUGGCCUUCCAGGAUGUGGGAGCUUGUGUGGCGCUGGUGUCAGUGCGGGUAUACUUUAAGAAAUGUCCUUUCACAGUGCGGAACCUCGCCAUGUUUCCUGACACAGUGCCCAUGGACACUCAGUCAUUAGUGGAGGUGAGGGGCUCCUGUGUCAACAACUCCAAGGAAGAGGACCCUCCCAAAAUGUACUGUAGCACCGAGGGAGAAUGGCUGGUACCCAUUGGGAAAUGUUUGUGUAACAUUGGUUAUGAGGACCGGGGAGUCACCUGCCAAGCUUGCCGGCCUGGAUUCUAUAAGGCUUCGUCUGGGAAUAUGAAGUGUUCAAAGUGUCCCCCUCACAGCUAUACCCACAAAGAGGGGGCUGUGCACUGCAGCUGUGAGAAGAACUACUUCCGUGCAGAUGGAGACUCUUUGUCAGUGGCCUGCACCCGUCCCCCGUCUGCUCCUAGGAACGUAAUCUCAGUCAUCAACGAGACGUCAGUGAUCCUGGAUUGGAGUUGGCCAGAAGACACAGGUGGCAGGAAGGACUUGAUGUUUAAAGUAGUGUGUAAGCGUUGUUUGGCUGGGUCUAAACAAUGCGAGCCGUGCAGGGGGGCUGUGCGUUUCCUCCCGCGUGCUUCAGGCCUCGUGAACACCACAGUGACUGUGGCUGAUUUGCUGGCACACACCAACUAUACAUUUGAGAUUGAGGCAGAGAAUGGAGUUUCAUCUCUGGCCCCUGCAAUGCGCCAGUAUGCCAGCGUCACUAUAACAACCAACCAAGCAGCUCCAUCCCAGGUCACAGUCAUCAGAAAAGACAGAACAUCCCGAAACAGCAUCUCACUAUCCUGGCUGGAGCCAGAAAGACCCAAUGGUAUUAUCUUGGACUACGAGGUCAAGUACUAUGAGAAGCAAGAACAAGAAACCAGCUACACCAUCCUGAGAUGCAAGGGCACCAAUGUGACUCUGAAAGGAUUGAAACCUGAUACCAGAUACCUGCUGCAGAUUAGAGCUCGUACUGCUGCGGGUUAUGGCAGCAGCAGCCGCAAGUUUGAAUUUGAGACCAGCCCAGACUCUUUCUCAAUCUCCAGUGAGAACAGCCAGGUUGUGCUAAUUGCCAUUGCUUCUGCUGUGGCCAUCAUUCUCCUCACCGUGGUACUUUACAUUGUGAUUAGCAGGUGCUGUGGCUAUAGUAAAUCCAACCAUCCAGACAAAAAGAGAUUCCACUUUGGUAAUGGUCACUUGCGACUGCCAGGCGUCAGGACCUACGUGGAUCCGCAUACUUAUGAGGACCCAAGUCAGGCCGUGCAUGAAUUCGCUAAGGAAUUGGAUGCAUCUUGCAUCGCCAUUGACAAAGUAGUUGGUGCAGGUGAAUUUGGGGAGGUGUGUAGUGGUCGUCUGAAAUUGCCUUCUAAGAAAGAGAUCUGUGUGGCCAUCAAGACUCUGAAAGCAGGUUAUACAGAGACACAGAGGAGAGAUUUCCUGAGUGAGGCUAGCAUUAUGGGACAAUUUGAUCACCCCAACAUUAUCAGACUGGAAGGAGUGGUCACUCGCAGUAAGCCGGUAAUGAUUGUGACAGAGUACAUGGAGAAUGGGUCCUUGGACAGCUUCCUUCGAAAACAUGAUGCUCAGUUUACAGUGAUCCAGCUGGUGGGAAUGCUACGUGGAAUUGCGUCAGGUAUGAAAUACCUCUCAGACAUGGGCUACGUGCACAGAGACCUCGCUGCACGCAACAUCUUGGUCAACAGCAACCUGGUGUGUAAGGUGUCUGACUUUGGUUUGUCCAGAGUGCUCGAGGAUGAUCCAGAGGCGGCCUACACUACAAGAGGUGGCAAGAUCCCAAUUAGGUGGACAGCACCAGAGGCUAUCGCUUAUCGCAAGUUCACUUCAGCCAGCGAUGUGUGGAGCUACGGCAUUGUACUGUGGGAAGUCCUGUCCUAUGGAGAGAGGCCUUACUGGGAGAUGUCCAAUCAGGAUGUGAUCAAAGCAGUGGAUGAGGGGUACCGUCUUCCCCCUCCAAUGGACUGCCCUGCACCCUUAUACCAGCUGAUGCUGGACUGCUGGCAGAAAGACAGAAACAACCGACCCAAGUUUGAGCAGAUUGUCAGUAUUCUGGACAAGCUUAUACGUAACCCAGGCAGCCUGAAGAUCACAGCGAGCACCGCCUCCAGGCCGGUCAAUCAGCUUCGGACCAGCACUGACAUCACCUCAUUCAGCACUGUGGGCCACUGGCUGGAGAGCGCAAGGACUCUACCCUGUAAAGACGCGUUCAGUGGAGUCAGCUACAGCUCUUGUGAUACGCUACCCAAGACCUCUGCUGAGUACUUCAAGAAGGUUGGUGUAACAUUUGUUAGACCUCAGAAGAAGAUUGUGAGCAGUAUCAAAGCACUUGAAACACACUCAAUAAACAGCCCAGUUCCUGUCUAAAAAUCAAUUUAAAAAAAUCGAUAAACAAAACAGUCAGGAGACUGAUGCUGCUUUUGGUUUUAAAAGACAAAAAUUAUGAAUACGAGAGAAAGCAUAAAACAACAAUGUUAGCAUAUCAGGGCACAGGGAAAGCAACACUCUUUGAGAAAGGCUGUUGUUCCAGCACCCAAUCAUGUUGCUCAGACAGAAAUGUGCCUCAUGGCCUGUUAAUGGACUGCUUCAUGCAAUGAAAAAGAAUAAAAUGCAGGUGAGGCUUCUCUGCUAAACCAAGCCCUUGUGCAGGACCCUAGCCUCCCAUAAGCUCUCCACAGACCAGCAGAGCACUGUUUGAAGAGCAAGAUGGAGCUAUCAGGAACUUGGAAGUGUCUCUUCUGUGCAGAUACAACUAAUAGCUCUUAACACAUGACAGGAGGGCAAUAAAAUGCAAAAACUUUGUAAUGCAGCCACCCUUUUGAAAAGAAUGAACUCAAGCCUAAGACAUGUUCCAUCCACAUGCCUCACUGGUUUUCUGUCAUGUUGGAUUAAGAGUGUCUUAGCUGGUUGAAGAAAAAACCAUGCCUACCAAUAUAUAAGAGAUGCCUUUAAUUUUGAGAUUGCUGUAGAGAACUAGAGAGCGGGAAAUGGAUUUCAGUAAAAGAUAGUGAAAUUGGCAGUGCAAUAAAAGCAGGAAUGCUGAAUAAAGGCACACUGAUGUUACAGUAAUUUUCUGAUUCUGUGUAUGUGACAGAUUGAGAAGGAUACAUGAAUAACUACUACACAAUAAGGUAAUAGGAUCAACAAUAAAGCACUAUGUAUGUACUCCUUUAUCUUGCUUUUUAUGCCACUUAAAGCAGACACUUUGUAACCAACAAUGAAUAUGUGAAUUUGUGAACUACUUGAAAAAAAAAAAAAAAUCAAUGGCAAUGUAAAAUUGAUACCUAGCUGUAUAUUCCAAGUCUGCCUUGGAAUGUGGCUAGAAGUGUUAGUUACAUCUGUAUCUGUCCAGUAAAAUCAUAAGAGAGAAGGUCAGAGAACAAAGUGUAGUCGGGCAACGGAAGUGUUAGAUAUGACGAAAAUGAAGGACCUCAGUGAAGAGCAAAGCGUAUCAUUUCCUGCUGUGAAAUUUUUGAAGUCUUCAAAUGGCAUUAAUAUAUUUGAGGGAAUGUUCUUUAGGGACAAUGUCAAGUAAUAUGUCUCUAUUGCAAAUGCUCAGGAUGCAUAGCCCUCAUUCAAUUUUAGGAUGAAAAAGGACAGAAAAGAAGUAAAUACCAUGCAACCGACUACUUCAGACUAAUGUUCCGUGCCAUUAUAACCAUCAAUUAGUUUUAAACUACAAACAGAAAUGGAAAUUAACCAAUGAAAAAGAAUUCUUAAUGCCUAAAAAGGUUCAUUUAUGUGUCUUAAAAAUGUAUUGAGAUCACGAAUUAUCUACAUGAAUAGUGACAUCCUCUAAAAUGAUAAAAACAUUUCGCUCUUCCUUUUAACCAUUCAGUCUGCCUGUAAAUGUUGCUGCUCCCUCAGCUCUCAGCAUGUACAUAUGUAAACACACCCUGUAAUAAGAGCAAUGUUUAAUGCACCGGCCAUCCUUUUGUACAAAUGUUUGUAUGUAUAAAAGAAUGAAAGAAAAUCUGUUCGAACUUUAAAAAAAAUAAUAAUUUGUAUUAUAUUUUAUUCUCUUUUGUAUCGUAUUUGUUUUUUGUUUGUUUGUUUUUUACUUUACAAAUAAAAAUUCAACAGUAAUGAUCUAUUUAUUUGAUAACAAACAGUAUACCGUGCUAAUUUGAGUGUUUUUUUUUGUUUGUUUUAUUUUGUAGCAUACAGUAAGUUAUGACAUGGUUAUGUGAUGACAUUAUCAGUGUUGUAAAUUUUACUUUAUGAAACAUGACUUCAAGAGAGCAAUACUGUUUUGUUCCACGCUGUCCUUCUCUACUCUUCCUUUAGAGUGGUUUGUACGAUGUGGUGUGUGUGAGGAAGUAUGUGGGUGUGCAAAUGUAGAUGGCCUUGUCUACUAAUGUGAAAUGAUUUGUAGUGGAAACAUUUAUAUUUUUAUAAUAAACUAUGUAAAAAUGUUUUCUAAAGAAUGUA